AUGAUGAUGAACAAUUGCACAGAACGAUGCAUCAUUUUCUUUUUAUGGGUCGGUCUGGUAUCACUCGAAAGGUGUGAUGCAAUCUCUGAGAUUGACAUUCAGGAUCUUGCUAAAAAGAGCAACGCCCGACCGAAUUGUGACAUUGGAGCGGAUAGUCUUGCCAAAUAUGGAGGUACUCGUACCUGCAUCGAGAGCCCGACUUUUGAAGGAAGACGGUGCUUCUUCACCAUCAUCCCAGACUGUGCUGGUCCAGAUUCCCCUCUGGUAUUCGACGCUCAUGGGUUGGCAUCUUGUCCGAGCAAAACUGCUGAAUUGACGCGAUGGAAAGAAAUGGCACAAGAGCACUGCUUCGUCUUGGUGUAUCCCCUGGGAACUACGGAUCCGGAAAUUGCCGACUUGACGUGUUGGGGCUUGCCGGGAGGUGCCAAGGAUGAUUUUGGUGACGAAGCCCACUCCUGCUGUUGUUCCAGACGUAUUCGACCAGUCGUCACGCAAGAUGCCGCCGUCUUUCGUCAGAUCGCUGCAGUUAUAAAUCGUGAUGUACCAAUUCAAACGUCGAAUCGCGUCACAAUUGAUGCCAAACGAAUCUAUCUAGCGGGACACUCCAAUGGAUGCAUGGCUGCCAUCUCGAUUGCCGCCCAGAGCUCGGACAUAAUUGCAGCAGUCGGAUGCCAUGCUGGAAGCGCCAUUACACCAUUUCCAGGUUCCUACCAUGCCACUCCAAUGGCUCUUGUUCAUGGUACGAACGACCGAGUGGUGCCCUACAAAGGAAACUUUUUGUUUCAUUCGGCGGAAACCACUCAUGACAUCAUUUCAAAAGCAAAUGAAUGUUCAUCUUUCAAGGAGACAAAGACGGAAGAAUUCUUGGGUUCGAAUAAUACCGUUACAGAAUUCUCUUCUACGGGUUGCAAGAACAAUGCCAAUGUGACGUUAUAUGCGGUGGAAGGGGCUGGCCACUCACCUUACCUUGGGGUAGAAACCUUUCGAAGAGACGAAGUACCAACCAAUUUUGAUUCCACAGAGCUCUUGUGGAACUUUGUGAAGAAUUAUGAACUGGACACGAAUCCUUCGCUCGUUGAUCGAACCACAGGGCAAAGCCCAAUAAGUUUGCCAUCAUUACCAGAUCCCUUUCCUGAACUCGUUUUGGCUGACGAACAAAAAGAACAAACGAGGAACGGGGCCAGUGCGGGACAUAUUAUAUCCAUCUUCCGCUCGAUCAUUUUUGUAUCAGUGGUCACAGCUUGUCAUAGUAUCUUGUAA